AAAAUGGCUAUUUCUUUCCCCUUUUGUUACCAGAAGCUUCCUCCUAUCCCUCCUGUAAUUUGCAGCUGACAGGCUAACUGGAGAGAGGCAGACGGACAGACAGAGGUUCCGAUAUGGACAGAAAGCUCAAAGGGCUAGAGCUUGCAUGUUAUUCUAUGCGACGAACCAGGCUAAAAGGUUGCCGGGCUUAGAGAGAGCAGAUGUGGAGUCUGUUUGUUGAGUGAAGCACGCUCAAACAGAGUGAGCCUGUUAAGUGAAUGUGUUUGUGAGUGCGUAGCUCAGAGCGGUACAAUCCCUGUGUAGCGCAGUGGUGCUUUUUCCCUCCCACAAGUCUUGACUUAAAAGCUCACAAGCUGGUUGAUCAUAUGAUGCUGCUUUUAAGCGCCUGGAGGGGGCUCACUAUAUGCUGUGGCAGACUUCAACUCUCAGACUGAUGGCACAUCACACAGCCUCCACCCCUCAUUCAGCUACAGAGGACAUUUUGUAGCUGUACGCCAACUCGAACAUCUGCCCCCGAACCCACGAAAUACCCGCAACCAAACUAAAUGAAAGACGCUGAUGGAGGAGGAAGGCCCAUGCACGUCUUUCCCAGAUGUCGGAGAAACAGCGCUUCAACUGGACUCGCAGUUUUCAUUAGAUGACCAGAGCAUCGGAGGACACCAGGAGGCCGUCGGCUUGGGUGACACAGAGGAGCAGAGCGAGCCGGCCCGGGUCAGUCUCUCCCCAAAGGCUGAGCACAAGACGUCCAGGGAGGCAGAGGAGUGGGAGCAGAUAGAAUGGCCGACGCGCCCCAUCACCUGCACCAGUCCUCGGUUUUCCUCGGCCAUGGUGCAGUGGGACAUGCCCGAUCCCUCCCAGGAGACGCCUCAACUCAUGACGGACAGCAGCUUGGCCAAUGAGCUGGACUCUGGGGGUGUGGCGGGUCAAGGCAGCGAUUCCUCAUCGGUUUACCAGCUUCAAGAUGUUUCAGCUGAGCUGUUCGGGCAGGAAGACACUGAAGAACAAGAUGUAUCAGACUCCCCGCUUCUGAAUUCAGACGAGUGGACUGGAAAUGGAUCUGAGCCAUGUGAUGCUGCAGAUGUGACAGAACCGAAGACGCGGGAACAGGAAUAUCCAGAGCAUGAGCUGUUAGAUUCUAAGUAUGAAAUCAUACAGAGGGCAGACUUAGAAGGAGACGAGGACGUUUCUGUCUCACCGGCUCCAGCAGAACCUGCAGAUGAAACUUAUGGCGUCGAAGAGAUUCAAGACCCAGGAAAUGAUGCGGACACUUUUGUGGAUGUAAAACCAGAAGAGGAACAGGAGGAGGUCUGUGAUCAGCCGGGUGGGCAGGAAGACUCAGAGGGAGAACAAACUUCAGCUCCAGGUGUUGAGACUCUAAAAUACGUCGAGGAGGGCAGCGAGGCUGAGGAAGAGGAGAGGGUGGCCGAGGAGUUCAGCGAUGAAGAAGGCGAGGAGGCAAAAACUGCUGGCUGUGUGAGAGAAGUGGAGGUACCCGCUCCACCACAGGAAGUUGAACCUGGAAUAACCAAACUUUUAGAUAAACUCCUUGAUCUGCCAGAGCCACAGCCUUUGGAGGACAGUGUUAGCUCAGAGGGUGAGGAGGGCCUCAGCACACCGGGAGAGUUACAGGAGGACCUCCCCGUUCACAAUGAAGGGUUAGAAACGUGCGAGGAUGUAGAUCAGAAUGGGCCUGAACAGUCCGAGGCUGCAGUCAUCAACGAAGAAGAACUGACGCAGGAGGCGGAGAACGCAGCGAUGAUAGAGAGCACACAAGACUCGGUGGAGGCGACUGAGAACCUGGAGGAGACGAAUCAUUCAGAGCAGCAAGAGUGUGACCAAACAGCUUUGCAGAACGGAGAGCCUGAGCAGCUUAAGGUGGCAGAGACGGCAGAACCGAUGUCAGCAGAGGAGGCUAAACAGCUACACCCUCCACCAGAGAUGGAACUGACAACCCAGACCAUUCCGUCCGAAAACACGGAGCAGCCGGAAGGGUCUGCUCAGGCAGAGGAGGCGGUUCGCCUUGGAGAUGAAGACUCUGGAGCCACCGAGCAGCGACAGCAGGCAGAGGAGCCCCCAGAGGGGGCCGAGCAGUCACUGCAAACGGCCAGCUCAUCCCAGCCAGCGCCUUCUGAGCAGCUCCCGGAGGCAGAGAAGACAAAUGAGUCAGACGUGACAGAGCAGCUGUCUCCUGAGACUGAGGUCCCACUGCAGACAGGGGGGGCCGACAGCAGCCAGGUGGAAGCACAGGCCACGGCGGGGCCCCGCGUCGGGGAGGUCGGCGGCGGGGACGAACAGAGGCUCGUAGCAAACGGGGGGCAACACAAAGCCCCAAACCCGGGGGUGCCUUACAUGAACGGCGAGGUGGACAGAGACAAAGCCCGCCGUCUCGCUGAGCAGCUCUUUAAGUUGGAUGGGAUCCAUCGCGCAGAUGUGGUGAAACACUUGGACAAAAAUAAUGCCUUCAGUCACGCUGUUGGAGAGGAAUACCUCCAAUUCUUUGACUUCACCGGUCAAACUCUGGAUCAAGCCAUCAGAUCUUUCCUGAAAGUGGUGAUUCUGAUUGGAGAAACCCAAGAGAGAGAGCGUGUGCUGGAGCACUUUUCCUGCCGCUUCCACCAGUGCAACCCUGGCUCCUAUUCCUCCUCAGGGUCCGUGUUGGCUCUGACGUGUGCUUUGAUGCUUCUCAACACCGACUUGCACGGACAGCAUGUAGGAAAGCCCAUGUCGUCCUCCAAGUUUGUGUCCAACCUGGACAGCAUGAACGAUGAAGGAAACUUCAACAAGGAGCUGUUGAAAAGUCUUUACAAUUCCAUAAAGAACGAACCUCUGCAGUGGGCCGUGGAUGAGGAGGAACUGAAGAACUCUGUGCUGGUGGAUGAGGACGCAGGGGAAGAUGCACCUCUGCGCUCCAAAUCCAACCCCUUCCAGGACGUGCCUCACGACAAAAAAGCCUGUGAGGUCAAACAGGGCUUUCUGCAGAGGAAGCUGCACGCUGACAUCGACGGCAAACGCACUCCAUGGGGAAAAAGAGGCUGGAAGACUUUCUAUGGGGUGCUGAAAGGCAUGGUCCUUUACCUACAAAAGGACAAUUAUCGCAGGGAUCACCAAAGUAGUGAGGAGGUGGUGAGUGUGCAUCACUCUGUAGCUGAGCAGGCGGCCAACUACACCAAGAAGCCACACGUAUUUCGCUUGCAGACUGCCGAUUGGAGGAUCUUUCUCUUUCAGGCCUCAUCCAAAGUGGAGAUGUAUUCAUGGAUCAGUCGCAUCAACUUGGUUUCGGCCCUUCACUCCUCGCCUCCAUUCCCGGCUGCUGUGGGCUCUCAGAGGAGGUUCUGCAGACCGAUCCUCCCAGCCUCUCAGUCUGCUCACACUCUGGAACGGCAGCUACAAUCUCAUGCAGGAAUGCUGGAGUCCUUCAAAGCAGACCUGUUGUAUCAGGAGCAAAACCCUCCCGAGGGCAAGAAAGCUAAAGAGGACCAUCACAUUAGAACUGAGUACCUACAUCAUGAGGUGUGUCGCUAUGAGAUCUACAUCGAGGUGCUGGAAGCCUGGAAGAGCGUGGCAGGACAGGCCAUACAAAGCAAAGGAGAACUGAGCCUCUUCGACAAAACGGUGUAUGCAGACACAGUGGAUGACAAAGACGAGGAGGAAGGCGGGCUCAAAAAGUCCCACUCGAGUCCCUCUCUGGAACUGGAAGUGGCUCCCCCCACAAUAAUCAAAGUCAAACGCAAUAUCUCUGAGAGACGGACUUAUCGUAAGACCAUCAUUCCCCGUCUCAACAAAGAGGUCUGAUAUAUGAAGAGUGAAAAUACACAUUGAGGCAUCCGUCCAUUUUCAAAAAGAUAUUCUGCACUUUUACAUAAACGAAUCCACAACCUAUCUCAGUUUGGAUGAGAAACCUGAUUUAUUUUUUGAUUUCUUGAGGACCUUACUUGUAUUUCAGUCUUACUUCUGAAAACAGAGCCAACAUUUGUAAAGUUCUACGUUAGACCAAACGUGCUUUUAAAAUAUAAACCACAAGAGGGUGCUGUAGAACAGACAAUCUCUGAGUGUCAUUUCAGUUUGCACUUCUCUUUUUCUUUACAUUGCGAACAAAAUGUUGACUUGCUGCAUUUGGAAGUUGAUGACAUCAAUGUCUCUGUUACAUGCUUUGUUUGGUCAAAUGAAGGAUUUCUCUAUAAUAAAAUGUAAGUGAGGUCCAGCUUCUGUUAUUCACCUUAAGGGACACAACAAAUAACUCAUGGAGAAGUUUAAAGCACCUCAAGUUCAACUUCUCUGAGGUUUUAAGUCAGAAAUGCUGCAAUGAAAAGGCCUACUUUCCAUAGUUUGCUAUUUAAGAUCCUGUUUUUUUAAACAUCCGGUUAAUCUAGUACACUGAAUACACAUACACAAUAUAAAGUUUUGUAUAUGAAAAAAAGAGGCCUUUUUUUGUCUUAUUAGACAGAAACAGAGACAUUAAAUGCCUUCUGUCUGUAGUUUUUUCAUCAAUUAAUAUGUUGUGUGUGUAUUCCAAAAUGUACUUUUGUCCUACUUUGACGUGGUCCCCUUUAUUCAACUCAACUCGCCUCGGCAUGGUUUAUUUGUUUUUUCCUCAUUUCAAAUGAGGUCUAACAGCAAUAUUGCGCGAAAGACGUGUGACGUCAUUUGUUAAUGACACAUGCACGAGACAACAAUGGAGGACAUCCCAGUGACGAUAAACUUGUGGUUGGACCGUGGUAUUUUCGUGCAUUGGGCCUUUACAAGGUUGCUUAGCACCGCAAUAAUAAAACAUUG